AGAUUUUAGGGAAUGAACAGCCUACACCAUGAUUAGGGAGUAAAGGAGAGUCUAAGGCAGGAAGCCAGAUCUCCCUGGCAGCAUGCCUGAAUCGCCACCCCCAAACCCAAGGACACACACAUAUAUGCAAACACAUUCUCUCCCCAAAUCUUGACAAGUGCAGCACCAGAAAUAAAUGAGCCUCCUUAAGUGCUAAAAGAAGACAGGGAAACAGUAAGGUGGAUUUCAUGUCCAAAAAGUUGCACAUCUUUUAAUUAGAUAGUCUCGCUUGGAGAUUUCUCUGACUUCAGAACCAAUCUGAGACACUUACUAACAUUCAGCUUUCACUUGGUGUCUGAGACUUUUAGGAACGCAACUGCAAAAAGAAGGGUUAACCUACAUAUGCGUGGAAAGUCAUUUAAAAGGGCAAUGAAUUUGUAAAUUAAGCCAAGUAUUUCCAAAUUCUAGAUUUUUUAAAGUAACUUUGAUGUUUAAUCACAAGCAUCUUGGGGACAGGGAGCAAAAAGAAUCUAGCAUGUACUAUGUGUACACUAUGUGUGCUGAUCGGUUGAUAUCUAGGGCCCUGGACUUGUGGCUCCAAUUAGUGAAGAAGAGUUGGUUCACCUGUCUGAAAUGAUGAAGGAAAAGGUGGAUCUGCACACUUCCUGAGGAGUAUUAUUCAACAAUGCGCUGUGACCAGUAUAUACUAUUGGAUCCCUGACAGGCUUAGGUGACAGCUGAGUCGAAAUAAAGGAGGGCCAUGUACCAUUGGGAGGGAUAGAAGUCAGCUCUGCAGUGAGAUUUCUUCCACAGCUCUUUGGUGGCCAGUGAUGUUAAUUGGUCAUCAUGGUAUCAGUGAAUGAUCCAUCUUGAAGUUGAGCACUUCUCAUUCAAGGGUAACAAGCACAGCAAAGGAAGACAUUUCCUAUUUUUUAAAAUAAGAAAAUGUACCUAUACAGAUAAAAGCAAAAGAGACCAGAACUGGGUAAAGGCAGUGGUUCUAAUGAGUUCUUUACUAAUUCAGAGUUUAGUGGAUUCAGAUUGAAAUAAUUAAUGGUUCAGCCCUACUUGGCUGUUUAACAACAACCGUGUUAGUUUAAUUGUUCCCAUUCAAGAUAAAGAAUUGUGUAAUAAGGGCCUCUCAAAAAAUAAUGCCAUUUUAAGUUGAAUUUUAAUAAGUUCUAUUAAGUAACAAAGCCUUGUUAUUGGCACUUAGAAACUUCUGACAUUACAGAGUAAAAACCAAGUGUACUCAGUACAUGUGUCAAACUUAUUUAUGAAAGAAAAUUAUUUAUCCCAGCAGUGAUUCAACAAGAAGAUGUAUAAUGCUUUCUGGAUGUCAAGAACCAUUUUAAGAAGUUGCUAAUGCUCUUCUGUAUGGCCAAGAGGAAGAGUCUGAACAGAGCUCUGACCCUAAGAAUACAUGCUGUUCCCAAUGUUCAGACAAGUUGUGUCCAAAAACAUUUGAUUGUAAAUGACUUGUCUGGCACUUGAGUUUCAUUUUUCUAGAGAUGGCGAUGCAAAUAGAAGCACUGAGCCCAGUGGUUUUAUUAGGUUGGUGCAAAAGUAAUUGCAGUUUUUGCUUUACUUUUAAUGGCAAAAACCACAAUUACCAUUGCAACAACCUUGCCUAAAGGAGGCAGAUCUGAGUGUCCCAGUGGUAAAGAAAGAAGCCUAGGCAUCCUCAGCACUGCAGAUGCUAGGAGGGUUCUGGACAUGCCCUGAGGUGCCAGGACCAGCCACUCAUGGGAAAAGUGCAAAGUUUUUUGAGUAAGACCUAAAUGAAAUCCAGCUUUAGCUCUGCCAUCUUCCAGCUGUUUGUCUUUGGACAAGUUACCCCACUAAACCUGUUUCUUCAUCUAAAACAGAAAACAUUGCACCAACUUACAUGGCAGAACUGGUGUUACCUAAGAUGCUUCCAUUCAAAGUGUCCAAACUCUCUGUCCUUGCAAACAUGCUCCCUUUUGGCCUUAAUCUUCUACAGUCAAUCAAUUACCAAGUUCUGUAGUUUUUACCUCUUACAUUUCUCUGAAACGUUUCCAUUUACCUCCACCCCAUGACACUACCCUAGAUCAGCCACAUCAGCAUCUCUACCAUAGGACCCUUAAAUGUGCUCCACUCUCUCCUACCUUGACAUUCUCCUUGCACCCAGUAUUGUUUCCCUCUAAUCCAUUCUUGACAGGGCAAGAACUGGAGAGCAUUUUCAAAUGCAAGUCUGAUCCUAUGGCUCCUGUUUAAAAUCUUUGUUUUUGUUUUUGUUUUUCUUCUCAUUGCCCUUUGGAUAAAAACCAAACUCCUUAACAUGAAUUUUAAAGCCCUACUCACUAUGCGGCCCCUGCCUCCAUCUCAUUCCUGACAUUCCUCCACCUCCAACCCCACAUACUUGCUUUACUAACUUAUUUAAGUCUCUUCAAUGUACCACACUGGCCUCCUUUCUUGUAUCCAGCCCUGAAACAGGAGAUCCCUGGGCUGAGGACACUUUUCCUUCAUUUUGCCCCCCUUGCUUCACCAGGCUAACUUCUGUAUCCACUGCCCUCUACAAAGGGCAUAGGCCAACUCUCACUGUUGGUUAUUAGGAUUCCAAUUGCAACACGCAAUACUUCUGUUGAUGGCUGUUGUGAUACCUUGGUUCUUGUCUUCUUAGUUUAAAAGAAUUUAAACAAAAGACACACGGCUAAGGAGAUGCAGCAGAGAGUCAUUCACUGCAAAAGAAAAAGAGUAUUUUGAAAGUUAGAUGCAGAAUAGACAGUAUACCCUGAGAGACAGAGUUCAGGGUGGGCUGCUUGCAAGGGUGAGGCAGUGUUGAUUAUUGCUGGAGAAACCCCCUUUAUGGGAGUCUUACAUGAUAAUUCAUAAGGAGGUGGGAAGAGGUGUUGCUAGUAAGCAUGUUCUGGGUGGUCCUCUGGGUGCACAUGCACUGUAGCUGUAUGUGCAUGUUCAUAUAUCACAUGUCUCAUUAGCAUCUUAAAUCUCCACCCAGGGGUGUGUUUUUUACUAUAAAUGAGCAAAGGGUCAGUUUGAUGACAAUUAAAAUCAAAAUGCACAUGCCCUAGAGAAGGGACAGUCCCUCCUGAAGAUAGCUUUGCUUAAAUGAGCUCAAUUACGACGUGAAUGCCAAGGCUUAUUGUGUUGGCUGUGAGGUCACCACCAAUGCUGCAUCCCAAGAACAUGGUCACUUCCUUGACUGUCUAUCCCGCCUUACUUCCCCUCUCAAAAUACUUUAUUGUAAUUACUAGCUUAGUUCUCUGGUUUACCUGUAGGUUAAAGGGCUGGCACAGUAAGGCAAGGUAGUAGUAAGACUGCAGGUUUUGAACUGCCUAGGUUAGAUUUUAGGCUCUGCUCCAUAUUUGCCUGUCAAAUGACUCGUCAUCUGUAAGCCUCAAUUUCCUCACCUGUAAAAUGGGUGGAAAUGAUACUGCCAAUCUUAUAGAGUUAUUGUGUGAGUUAAAUGAUGUAAUAUAUAUACAUACUGAUGCAUACAGAUGCAUAUAUGUGCAUAUAUAAAAGGUCUAAGUGCAUUGACUGGUGCAUAAAAAUGCCUUCAAUAAAAAUAAAUGCCUUUCAAAAAAAUGCCUUAAAAAUACACAUAUAAUGGAUACUUACUAAAUACAUACAGGCUUUUAUUGUUUUGUUUUGCUUUUUAAAGCAAGGUAUUCCUGAGACUGUUUUCUUGUGAGCCCUUUGUCUCUUUUUCUUCAUUUUCCAUUAGCUGGAUAAGAUCAGAGUCUCAAAGUAAAAAGUGUUAACACUGUUUGCUUCCCUAUUUGCUCAUUUUUUCCCUCCAAUCUAUGUAGCCUUUAGGUAUGACAUAAAGAUGUGCAGUAGAAUGCGGGUGGGUAAAGAAAAUAUUAUAUUCACAAAACGUGUUCUCCAGCCAACCAGUAAGGCAUCCCUUCCUUACUAGUUAUAGGCUCUGCUUCUGCCCUUGUCUUUAAUCCUUGUCUAUUUCUGAGCCCCUUCCUUAGAGGCUACUGGCUGAGGAAGUCUACUGUGAUGAGGUCCGAGCGUGAAGUUCACUCAGCAAAGACAGGACGGUGGCAUGCAAGCAAAUUAAAGCAUUCUCAGCUUUCCAGUUCACUCUCUCUGCAAAAAAAAAAAAAAAAUUCAUAGCUUUUUAGGCUUCUAUUUUUAGGAGUUGCCAAACACAUUUCAAAAGCAAAACUACAAAUUAAUGCAGCAUGGGGUAUGUGACAUUUUUUAAGGUCUUUGGAGGAGAUGACAAAACAAGGAGCUUCCUACUUUCCAGGAUUGUAAGUUUUUGGGAAAACAUCAAGUGCGAAAAAUCAAUAAACAUCCUACCGUGCCACUGACUCGUGUGAGGGUUUCCUGAUUACCUGGUAGUCACCAGGCUUUAGAAGAGUUAUUGUCAUUUCGAUUUUCAGAUGAGUCACUGGAUCUCUUGCCCCCAGGGCCACUUCAUUAUGAUUCAGUGCAAAGUACUGACAGCACUGGGGCUUCCGGAAGGGAGUGGUGUCGGGAUGGGGGUUGCUGUUGGCAAGAGGCUUAAUUGACACCUUUGAUGUAGCCUAAGACAGAACCUGCACCUCCCACUGCUGCUUGGGAGACGUCAGCUUUACGCAGAAAAGGCAUCUGCUGAUGAAUCCUGCAUCUCAUUCAGCCUGCUCUGGGAGCAGCCUUAGCCAUCCUUAAACUCAUCCAACCGAUUCCCGUUUCCGCGGGUGCUUGGCUUAGUGCUGAGACGGGAUUCCGCCGUUGGUAUUCAGGUCCAACACUAAGACUGUGUCCAUGUUAGAACUCAUAGAAGUUAAUGGAACCCCUGGUAGUCAGCUCUCUACUCCGCGCUCAGGCAAGUCGCCAAGCCCAUCACCCACCAGCCCAGGAAGCCUGCGGAAGCAGAGGGACCUGUACCGCCCCCUCUCUUCGGAUGACUUGGAUUCAGUAGGAGACUCAGUGUAAAAGAAACAAUGGAGCAAUGUAUAUGGUUUGUGAUUGGGUGAAGGUUUCACAUUUCCUAAGCAAAAGUCUAACAGCAAAAUACACAAAAGAGUUUUGCAUACCUUGAAAUGAUAAAAGACCAAAUCAUCCAAAAGUAAAUAUGUAUGCAUUUUGUUUUCAAUGAUGUUCAACCUUGAAAUUGAGAGAUUUUAAAAAAUAUCUCCCACAUAGAUUUGAUUGGGGAGAGUCUGAACACAGAAUGCUGAGAUUUUUGUACAGGGCCUGGCUCUAGAUGAAUUUCAUACACGGACCCAAUAUUGAGUACAAGAACACACUAAUCAUGUGGCAAUAUAGAGCCAGAAUUUCUGUAGUUGGAGUUGUCUUCUUAAUUAUAAGUAGACAUAGAGAUAUAAUUUUUCUGUACUUUCUGUAAAGCAUAUUAAAACGGCACUAGCAGGCAUGUUUUUUUUUAAGGUUAUUUUGUUUUUAAAAUUUGAAUUGCUUGGUUUUUAGAGGUACUUUUAUUGCAAAAUAAUAAAAAUGCUUGGGUAGAUAUUUUUUCUCCCUAGACAGUAGAAAAAGCUACUUAUUGUUUUGUGGGUUAGUAUAUCCUAGAGAAAAAGAAAAAUUAUGACAAUGACACAUCUCAUAAAGACUCUAAAGUUAGGCUUUAGGAACUUUCCUUGUUUUUGUUGUCAAGUAAAUUUUAUUUUUUAAAGUUAUUUUAUUAGAAACAGUAUAAAUUUAGCUUAAGCUAUAUACCAAUAUGAAGAACUUGGCCAAUGGCAUUGCUAUAGAUUAUAUAAUUUUUUUCUUACAAUCAUAUACAUAAUUUUUUAAAUGUGUAAAAACUAAAGCUGGGAUUUUUUUUUUUUCAUACAGACCUAAAAAAAAUUGUGUCUGGACUUUUUCCAAGAAAUCCAUUUGAAAAGCACAAUUCACUUAAAUGGUGCUGUAUAAAUCAGGCCCAGAGUAUCCAAAUCUCCACUCUGAAAAAUUCUCAAUCUUGCUGGUGUUUUGGAAAUUUUCAUAUGCAAAACUCCUUUUGUGUUAAACCAAUUAAGUCUAUGAUUAUAACCCGUUGUUAAACAUUAACCUACUAAUUCUGCUCUUCUAGUCCUCUAUUUUAAAAAUUAUAGUCGGCUUUGCUUAAACAUAAAAUAAUUAUUUUAAAGUCUGACUGUUAAAAAUUAAUUUAAUGUGUAUGGUCUAUUGUAUUUAAGCCAUAUCCUAGUGGUCAUUUACUUUUACUAGUUCAAACACUAACAGUUUAAGACUUGUGAAGCAUGGUUUUGAUAUUCUCCAGGCUUGACAUAUCUCAGUAGGCGAUAAAUUAAAAAUGUUUGAUGCCAUUUGGAGGCUUUUACAUGAUUUUUUUUUCAAAUUUUACUUGAAAACAAUUUUUAAAUGUUUUAUUCAAGAUGGAGAGAAAUUCAGUUGUCACACGCUGUUUUACAUGUUAUUGAUUUAUCUCCCUGAUAAAUUGUUCAACUAGAAAAUUUUACCAUCUGGUUUAUAGUUACAUAUGUUACCAUUUCACUUUACAAGUGAAUAAAAUAUUCCAACCAAAAGAAGAAGAAGAAGAAAAAACGUGCAGGCAAUCUAACAGCAUUUGAAAACUUAGCCCUAUAAUAAUUAGUGCCUCAUUAUGCUGUCUGUUGGAGAGAAAGACACUUCUCUGGCAGGUUAUUCAAGAGCUGCAAACUGAACCAUUCCAUCUUGAAAGAACAGUUCAUAAUAAUACCUGUUCCAGACUUCAGGUUUUAAAACUGUUUCCAAUAGAAAUGACCAGAGACUCCUGCUGAGAUCAAAAGGCUGCUUUGUUUUAGCAGAAACAGUAAACAUCUGUGAGGUUGCCUAUGCUGGUGUCUGUUUUAGUUAUGUCUUUGUAAAAUGCAUUACUUAAUACAGUUGGGUCCAUAAAAGAUUAGUAUGUAUUUGACUAAACUGCCAAAAAUACAAAGAAAGCAGUGGAACAGUUACUUUAAAUCUGGUGGGGUCAGAUGGUCCAGAACAAAAAUAAAUUCCAAUAAUUUUAACUUCCCUGCACUGUCAAUCUUAUGGACAACUACUGCUAGAAAGGUCCAAUAAAUGCUAUUUGUUCUAAGUGGUAGAUAUUGCCAAUUGAUAUAGAGCCCACGGCUUUGUUUAGACAGGGCAAAAAGAAACUGGACUUGUACUAAUUGCUGAUAGAUAUCGUGGCCAACUUUCCAUUCAAGCAGUUCCAAGGGAAGUGCUUUCCACAGCAUUUAAUCUCUUGAACAUAUGACUUCUAUUAAAGGACUGUUCAGGGGCUAUAUAUAUCAUUUACUUUUUGAAAGUAAAGUCCCUCAGAGAUUGAAACAGCACACCAUUUAUAGUCUUUGAGAUCUCUUUUUAUGCAAAACAUAAUUCUAUUAAACUAAAGCAGAAAUAAAAAAUUCUUAGCAACAAACCAGAAGUUUUCAGUUCAUUGGUGGAACAGAAUUGGUGAUUUAUAGGCACUUAUGAUUGAGUUACUUAUAGAAUUCUUUAUAAAAAAAUUCGGCAAUGAAUUUUUAAAUUGUUCUACUGAGCAGGGAGCACUUCAGCAAAAGCCAUGCAGUUUUGUCCUAAUGAUAAUCCUUAAAUGUGCUCUGAAGACAUCGUGCUGUAGUUCAAAGUUCGAUACUUUUUCACUUACACUCACUUUUUUCUUAGAUGUAGACAUUGUAGAAAAAGAUAUUAGGAAUAUUUCCCUGCUUUCAGCAUUUUAGAAGUGCAAAAGUUAAAAAUAUAUAAAGUAUGAAGUUCAGUGUGAACUCAAAAAGACUAUAGUUCUGAAAGCCACAUGGUGUGUUUUUGUCUUGUUUAAUCAACUAGGCGGGGGGGAAAAAUCUAGACAGUUUCUGUACUGCCAUAGAAUUUUAAGAAGUGUCAGUUUCUCUCAUCUGUAUACAUCCUUGUGCGCAUAUAUUGGCUCAUCUAAAUAUUAAGAACCCAAAAAACAUUUUCUAAAACCAUUUGAACCAGCGCUAACGUACUAUAUAUAUAUAUACCCUACAUAACCAGCCGGGGAAUUUCCAACACAUGCCCUGAAGAUCUAUACAUGAUUGGGCUCUUUUUCUUUCUUUCUUUUUUUUGCUUAAAAACAAUGAAGUGUGCAAGUCAGAUUUCUUAAUGAAAGUGAAUGAAGAUAUAGAAUAAUAUUCCUGAAAAUUCCACAUAUUUUAAUUCUUGGACUGCUAAAUUUUUCAUAUGUGGCCAUAUAUCUAUACAGGUGUUUGGGUGUUUAUGUAAAUUUGCCAGGCUUGGUGUGUAUGUGGGUAUGCUUCUGUAAGUAUCUGUGUAUGUGUAUAAACCAUCAAUAGUAAAAUAUAGUAUUUGUUAUACAGCCUUAUAAGUUACUGGCUCUUGUGGAAUUAUACAUAAAAUCUUCAUGUCAUAAAGUGUUACUCUGUGACAUAUUAGUUGGGGCACGUUUAAAUUAGAAAGCAGUUUGCUCAACUAGUAUGGCAAAAGGUUCCAAAUAUUGAGAUAUACUGAUUUAUAAAAAAAUUGAAAUUCAGCCAAAUCCAAUAUUGUGUUAACUAUUAAAUAUAAGUAACAUUAAUGUUUAUAUUGAUAUAUCUUUGUGUUCAAUUAUUAACAAGAUCAAAUACUAUGAUUUUUUUUCUAUUGUGGGUGUAUGGAUGGCUUGUAGUGGUUGUCAAUCACUAUACGCUAAAAAAAAUGAAACAUUGAUACAGUUGCAGAUUGUCAAGUAUAAUGUUGGAACACAAAUAGAAGAGAAUCCAGAGUAUAUUUGAUAUGAAGUAAGUUUAAUAACAAAGCCAGAUAACCUGUAAGGAGACUCUGUAUGUUCUUUCAAAACUGUAAACUGUUGACAAAUUUUGAAUAUACUUGCUGUAUGUGUGUAUAUAUCUACAUAAAUAUAUACACACUUGAAAAUGUUAAUUGAAUGAAUUUACUAUAUAUGCAUACAUUUGCUCAUUUAUGCAUAUUUGUAUUAACCUUGCUAGCAUCUAUAUUUGUGCGUGUUAGUGACAACUGUCUUUGAUUGAAAUAUCGCACAGAGGCAUGGUGUGAAAAAUAGAGAUACACUGAAUUCAAUAUACCAGUUGCCUGAUAUAUAGCGUGUUGUACUGUCAGUUGAAAAAUAUUUGUAAUUUUGUGCCUGUUACGCAUGUGGAAAAAAGAGGAAAUCAGAGGCCCUCACUAUAAUUUUUAAGGGUGCACGACAUAUGAUGUCUUUAAAAUGUGGUUCAUUUUAGUAGAUUAUGGAUAAAUUCCAAGAUAGUAUAAAUGAUGCAUGUAAUACAUGAGUGUUUGUAUUAUAUAUGGCCACAAAAUGUUUUUGAAGCCAGGGUAGUAGAUAUCUAAAAGUUAUAGGCAAAGAAGUAUGAAAGUUAACUUUCUGUGAUGUGUUUUUGAGGAGUUGAUACUCAUCAGUAAGCAAGGAAUUGAGUUUAUUUUUUCUAAGAACUCUUUACUUUGAAAUAUAUUAUGAAUGUUGUAAAUUUGGAUAACAUUUUUAUAAAGAGUUACAUACUUUCUGCUCACAGUUUCAGUUGAUUGGAUGUGUAUUCUCUUUAAAAAAACAUUUGGUGUUAAAACAUUUGACACAGCAAUAUAUUUUUUAAAUCCAUCAACUGAGUCCAUCAGCAGAGCUUUAUAGAGCUAAGAGUUGACAAAAUGUUUCAUUGAACUACCCAAUUUUGAAAGUUACUUUGUGCUGUGGUUUCAUUGUAAAAUGUUGUACCUUGUGUUUCACACUGGACCAUGUUAUUCCUCUUGAAGUUAACUUUGUGACACUUACCACCUUAGAAUAACUAUAUAAUAAACAGGAAAAACUGC